UGCUCUCCAUUCAUUUGACUUUUCGUCGCAGUACGAGACUCGUAUGCCAGGAAGAAGCAGAAAAUAAAAGUUGUGUAUUUUUAUUCCCGACAAUUGUUUAUAAACAAAUAUUAGGGAAAAUUUAGAUGUAAUGGUCCAAGCAGAGGAAGUGGUAAAUAGUUGUCGCGUUUGCCGCAGUCCAAAUCAGGAUGCUGACUACGAAUGCCUCUAUGUGGUGCAAGUGGUAGAAGAAGAUGGCGUUAUGCAUUCGCACACAUGGCAGCUGACGACCACGGGCAAGUUGUACGAAGAAAUGUUGGGCUUUCAGAUUGAUGCAUCAACCAUGGAGCUCUACCCACAAUACCUGUGCAAUAGUUGUGAUUUACAAAUGCGGCUAUUUCGUAAACUGACUAUGAAAGCGCGACGUACACUAGAAGAGCUGGCAAAAAUGUAUCCUGAUGCGGGUAAUAAGGAUGCAAAUAUGACACAGAAUUGCGAGGAAAUGUCACAUCUAGCCAUAGAAGCUAAUCAUGAUACAAUUAUACUCGGAGAAGAAUUUCUCGAAAAUGGUUUACCCUCUAUGACCAGUGACGAAAACGCUGUUAUUCAGUCCAUACUGAAAGAUACAAAUGUAGCGGAACACAUGCCAAAUGGCACAGAGUACGAUAAUGGACAAGCCUAUGCGCCAAUUACAUUAGAACCGGAGACUUUUUCAAAUGAAGUGGCGAACGCUGAAUUAGUGCUUAUGAAAGAGAAAUCCAAUGAAGUUCCAAACGAACUACAAGUGGUGGCUUUGGACGGCAAUGAGGGGCUGUAUUAUACUGCUACCCCGGAGCUAGAUACCCAGCCGCCACAGCAUACGGAUAUUAAAUCUUCAAGCGAUACAAAAGAGAUUGAGUUCGUGUCGCUUUUUGAUGACAAUUCGAGUCAAGGGCAACAUGGGCUAAAACAGGAAGCAGUCGAAUUUUUCGAUGUGCAUUACCUGGAAGAUACGAACAGCGGUCUGCCAAUAAAUGCACUAGAGAGGCCAAAGCCUGAAGGCGGUGGCAUAAGGCGUGCCCAUGAAUGCCAAGCAUGCGGUUUGGAAUUUUUGCGACGCACGGAUUUUCUACAACACCGCAAAACUGUGCAUUCCAAUAAAUUUCCGUGUCCCUUCUGUUCCAAAUUGCUACACACCAACGAUGCAUUGCGCGUGCAUCUGCGUCUACAUGGCGGCGAACCGGCCUAUAAGUGUGAUCUCUGCCAGCGUACAUUCAAUCAAAAAGUGCACUAUCGCUAUCACAUGGAUCGGCAUAAUAAUGUACGCAAUUUCAAGUGUACGGUUUGUGAGAAGGCCUUUCUGUCCAAGCACGACUUAACGGUGCAUAUGCGCACGCAUACAGGUGAACGACCGUACGAAUGCGAGAUAUGCGGCAAGGACUUUCUCAUACUGCAACAUCUCAAAAUGCACCGUUACUCGCAUACCAGCAAGUCAUUCGAGUGUCCGGAAUGCAAGCAGAAAUUCAUUUCGCCCUCGACCCUGCGCAUUCACCAACAUACCAUACAUACCAGUGAACGACGCUUCCAGUGCGAGUUCUGUGUAAAACGUUUUCGACGAAAACAUCACUUGAUCACCCAUUACAAAGUACAUCAAAAACCUGAAUACAAUACGAGUGGUUUGGAAGAUUUGGUAGAAGAGGGCGAGUAUAGCGAGACGGAUGGCUAUCAAAUUGCGUCUGAGCAGAUCCACGACGUCCAGCAGCUGACGAUCGAAGACGAUGGCGACUUUUUGGAAAUCCACGAGGAUGAACACAUCGAUGGUAUUUUAAUUGUGGACGAUGAGGAUGGCGAUACGCAAGCCAUCUAUGGGACUGAUUAUGUGAUAGGUGUGGCAGAGGAAAGCGCCGAUAUGGUAUUUUAGAAUGAGCAAUCGAAUUCGUUGUAAUAUUAUAAAUUAGGAAUUGAUGUUUUAAGCGAA